CCACCACCAAACCACGCUGCAAUAAAAAUCUCUCCUCUCUCUCUCUCUCUCGCUCGCACUAAUUCAAAUGAUGAAUUUGAUGGAAGUGAAUGAUUGAAUAAUGGUAAAUAUGUCAGUUACGGAGCUGAAAGAACGGCACAUGGCCGCUAACCAAACUGUAAAUACUCUCCGUAAACGUCUCAAGCAGAAGCGUCUCCAUCUACUUGACACUGACGUUGCUGGGUAUGCAAGGUCACAAGGUAUAACUCCUGUCAGCUUUGGCCCGACGGAUCUGGUUUGUUGUCGGAUCCUGCAAGGACAUACCGGUAAGGUAUAUUCACUGGACUGGACUCCAGAAAAAAAUCGUAUUGUGAGUGCAUCCCAAGAUGGCAGAUUAAUAGUAUGGAAUGCUCUGACCAGCCAGAAAACCCAUGCAAUUAAGCUUCCAUGUGCUUGGGUCAUGACCUGCGCCUUCUCUCCCAUUGGGCAAUCUGUUGCCUGUGGCGGACUUGAUAGUGUCUGCUCUAUCUUCAAUUUGAAUUCACCUACUGACAAGGAGGGGAACCUUCCGUUAUCAAGAAUGCUUAGUGGGCACAAGGGGUACGUGUCGGCAUGUCAGUAUGUUCCAGAUGAGGAUGGUCACGUGAUAACUGGUUCUGGUGAUCAAACAUGUAUUCUGUGGGAUAUAACCACUGGCCUAAGAACUUCUGUCUUUGGUGGUGAUUUUCAGUCUGGGCACAGUGCUGAUGUAUUAAGCGUCUCAAUCAAUGCAUCAAAUCCAAAGCUGUUUGUGUCUGGAUCCUGUGAUACAACUGCCCGUCUGUGGGACACCCGUGUUGCUAGUCGAGCACAGCGAACAUUCUAUGGUCAUGAGGGAGAUGUUAAUACUGUAAAGUUCUUCCCUGAUGGUAAUAGAUUUGGGACUGGUUCAAAUGAUGGAACUUGCCGAUUGUUUGACAUUAGAACUGGACACCAGCUGCAAGUGUACUACCAACCGCAUGGUGAUGGCGAUAUCCCACAUGUCACUUCCAUUGCAUUUUCUAUCUCUGGUCGGCUUCUGUUUGCUGGGUACUCGAAUGGUGACUGUUACAUGUGGGACACACUAUUAGCAAAGAUGGUUUUAAAUUUGGGAUCACUUCAAAACUCUCAUGAAGGUCGGAUUAGUUGUCUUGGGUUGUCAGCUGAUGGAAGUGCCUUAUGUACAGGAAGUUGGGAUACAAACCUGAAGAUUUGGGCAUUCGGAGGUCACAGAACAGUGAUCUGAGUGAUGAAACGCGCUACCUCUUUCCCUUUUCUGUCUCAUUUUCAGGGACUGCCCGGCAUAUGGUCGUGUUUUCUUGGGAUGGUCUUCACUUGUAGAUCUCUUUGUAUUUCAGCUAAUGUUGUGGUUAGAAAAUUGUAAAUUUUACUCCGAGGAGCAUGCUCUCAUAAAACAACUUGAGUACAAUCACAAGGCAGAUUUUUUACUUCUUCAUAGUUAGGUCCGUACCUUUGGGAAUACCUUUACUUGGUGAUCUUCCUUAUUUAACUUCAAUAUAUAGAUACUCAAAUCUAAGCUUUCAAAAGGAUUUUAUGUGUAAA